AAUCUGUGAUGGGUAAAUGACAGACUGCAACAAGAUGGGGGGACUUUUGCUGCCUGUUCUGAUUGCCCUGGUGGCAUCUGUGAUCGGGGGGCUCUACCUCCUGGGGGCCUUCCGCAAAAGGCAGCCCGGAGAGCCACCACUGGACAAAGGGUCCAUACCUUGGCUGGGUCACAUCCUGGAGUUUCGCAAUGACACCGCCCGGUUCCUCCAGAGGAUGAAAGAGAAGCAUGGGGACAUUUUCACGGUGCAGCUAGCCGGCUUCUACUUUACCUUCGUCAUGGAUCCGAUUUCCUUCGGCAGCAUAAUGAAAGAGGCCCGGACCAAGCUUGAUUUCGCAAAGUUUGCAGAGCAUCUGGUGAAAAGAGUGUUUGGCUACCAUCCCACUGCAUAUGACCGCAAAGACCUGGAAAAGGCCAACACCAAACACCUGAUGGGUGAUGGCCUGGUGGUCAUGACCCAGUCAAUGAUGAACAACCUACAGAACCUGAUGUUGCACAGCAUUGGCUCUGCGACAGAGCAGGGCAUCUGGAAAGAGGACGGGUUUUUCCACUACAGCUACAAUAUCGUCUUCCGGGCAGGUUACUUGGCCCUGUUCGGUAAUGAGACAGCCAAGACAUAUGGCACCUUGGAGAAAGCUCGGGAAGUUGACCUCUUGGAGUCCAACAAGCUCUUUCACAAAUUCAGGAAGUAUGACAAACUAUUUCCCAGUCUCGCAUAUGGAGUCCUGCGCCCCAGGGAAAAGAUGGAGGUGGAGAGGCUGAAGAGGCUGUUCUGGAGCAUGCUUUCAAUGCGUAAUCUGGCCGAGAAGGAGAACAUCAGCGGCUGGGUUCUGGACCAGGAGGUGUCGAGGAGAGAGAAUGGGAUGGAGGAGUCAAUGCGGGAACGGCACAUGUUCCUGCUCCUCUGGGCGUCCCAGGGGAACACGGGACCAUCCGCUUUCUGGCUGCUCCUCUACCUCAUGAAGCACCCUGAAGCAAUGAAGGCCAUCCGGGAGGAGGUGGAAGGACUGCUAAAGGAGACGGGACAGGAGGUGAAGCGAGGAGGGGUGCUCAUCGAGCUCACUCGUGACAUGCUGCUUAGGACACCCAUCCUGGACAGCGCAGUGGAUGAAACCCUCAGGCUCACGACCGCCCCUGUUCUCACCCGGGCUGUGCUGCAAGACAUGUCACUGAAGAUGGCCAACGGGAUAGAGUACACAAUUCGCCAGGGUGACAGGGUGGCUCUCUUCCCCUACACUGCUGUCCAGACAAACCCUGAGGUCCAUCCUGACCCACUCACCUUCAAGUAUGACCGAUUCCUCACACCAGAGGGCACCAAAAAGACAGAUUUCUACAAGAACGGGAAGAGGCUGAGGUACUACAACAUGCCCUGGGGUGGCGGGGUCACCAUGUGCCCAGGCCGCUUCUUCGCCAUCAAUGAGCUGAAGCAGUUUGUUUUCCUCAUGCUCACAUAUUUUGACUUUGAGCUGAAGAACCCUGAUGAAGAGAUCCCUGCCAUUGACACCAAGCGAUGGGGGUUUGGCGCUAUGCAGCCAGUCAAGGACAUUCAGUUCAGAUACAGACUACGUUUCUAAAUUGCCCUAAACACGAUGCAGGAUAUGCAACAGAAUCAAGCUUGGUAUGAUUCUCUUAACUAUUCUUAACACAUUUUUAUAGCAUGUUUUAUUUUUACUUAGUACUUACAAUUUCAAGCAACUCAAAAAUAUGUCUGACUCUGUAGUAUAUCGCUUUUGUAAGGGUAAUUUUCUCAAUUGAUUCUUAAUUGACAAUGUGUGUUAACAUAAAGACAAUCACGUGAUUAAAAAUAACCUUUUAUUAUAAUCUUUAUUACAAAUUAUACUAUGUAUGCUGAAUUAAGUGCUUACUAGGAGUCUUUUUCUGUCUCUCACACCCCAGCAGACAGACCGCCUGUGAGAUUAAUGUCUCUGCUUCUCCUAGAAGGGGGUAGCUAGCACAUUCCAGUCUUACGGCAAGGUCAACAAGGUGUUUAUCUGGAGACGAAAGAAUAAUAAUCCUAGGUUGUCAGCAUCAUGUCUUCCUUGUUUUUGUCUCCUCCCUUGCAGAAAAGUGUGUAUAAGAGUUUUACUAUGUCCGAUUGAAAUCAGAGAGCCGGUAAGCUCUCUUACUUUCUGUUAUUUAUUUGGAAAUAAAUGAGAAAAUGAAACUUAAGUA